AAUGAAACUUUUUGCGUUAUUAAAAAAAAAAGUAUGACGUCGUGCAGUUAGCUGCUUUCUUCUAUCAAACCGGCUUUUUUUUGUUGAUUCGAGAGAAGCGCCACGGUCAUUUUCCAAAGCAGAACAGACGUUGACUUGAGUGUUUGUUUCCACCCGAGUUAAUAAUCAGUGAGCACUGCAGCGGACAUGGCAACCUUCCGAUCGGUCAUCCAGAGAAGAUUGACUCAGACGCUUCCUGUGGUCUUGGCAUCUCAGCGUCUGUCCAGCUCCUUUAAGGCCGCCAACCUCACCGUCGAGCGAAACCCGGUAUGCAAGGACAAGCCAGACCCGUCCAACCUGGUGUUCGGCAAGCAGUUCUCGGACCACAUGUUGACCAUCGCGUGGUCCGCCGACGCCGGCUGGGACGCCCCCAAGAUCAAACCCUUCCAGAACCUCUCUCUGCACCCCGCCAGCUCCGCCCUGCACUACUCCAUCGAGCUCUUUGAAGGCAUGAAGGCGUUCCGCGGCAACGACAACCACAUUCGCCUCUUCCGUCCGAUGCUCAACAUGGAGAGGAUGCAUCGCAGCGCCGAGCGCAGCUGUCUCCCGGUGUUUGACAAAGGAGAGCUGCUGGAGUGCAUCAGGAAGCUGGUGGAGGUGGACCAGGAGUGGGUUCCGUACUCGCAGGACGCCAGCCUCUACAUCCGGCCCACCUUCAUCGGGAUCGAGCCAUCCCUCGGCGUGACGCGGGCCAGUCAGGCCUUGCUCUUCGUCAUCGUGGGCCCCGUGGGACCGUACUUCGCCACCGGCUCCUUCAACCCCGUCUCCCUGCUGGCCGACUCGUCCUUCGUGCGUGCCUGGAAAGGAGGCGUCGGCGCUUACAAGAUGGGAGGGAAUUACGGUCCAACCAUCGCCGUGCAGAACGAAGCGGUGCAGCGAGGCUGCCAGCAGGUCUUAUGGCUGUACGGAGACCAGGAGGAGAUCACGGAGGUCGGCACCAUGAACCUCUUCAUCUACUGGACCAACAAGAACGGAGAGAAGGAGCUGGUGACCCCCCCUCUGGACGGCAUCAUACUUCCUGGAGUCACCAGACAGUCUCUGCUGGACCUGGCCAGAACCUGGGAUGAGUUCAAGGUGACGGAGCGCACGAUGGGCAUGAAGGAGCUGCUGGGGGCUCUGGACUCCGGACGGGUUCUGGAGGUGUUUGGAGCCGGGACGGCGUGCGUGGUGUGCCCCGUGGGCAGCCUUCUCUACAAGGGCAAGACGUUCCAGAUCCCGACCAUGCAGAACGGACCCGACCUGGCCAAGAGGUUCUACAAAGAACUUACUGACAUUCAGUAUGGACGCACGGCUAGCGAUUGGGCUCCACUGGUGGUGUAGAUCCUCGAGCCGAUCCGAUCAAGUUACAUCCCAUAAUACCUUCAUGGACCUCCUAACCGCUAAUGCACUCCACACUACCGCCAAGCAGAGACGAGGUUGGUCUCCACUGGUUGUCAUAGCAACACAAGACUGGAGCAAUAUGAACAGUAUGCAAUGUUUUCAACUUUGACCUUUGUGUGUUUACCAGAACAAUUGUACUUUAGAUAUCUAAAUGUAUAUAUAUAUAUUACUCAUAUAUAGCACAAUGGUACUCUUCCUAUAGACUACUGUAGCAGCUGCAUAGUUUUUCAUGUUACAUGACGUCACUAUUGCCGUGGACCACAAGGGGGCGCCACGUCACUGCUGACGUCACUUUGCACUCCUGAGCUUCCCGCCAGGAAGGACGAGCCAGUUUAAAAUGCACAAAAACGCUGAAGCUGGAAGUUAGCGCCCAAACCGAAAUGUCUGCACUAAUUAGUUUGUGGUAUCAUGAGAAUAUUUGUUUUUAAAUUAUUUGGUCCUUCCUAUGAAAUGAGUUCAGCAGUCUUCCAGUCAUGAAAUGCUUUUAAUGCUCUCGUCAAAGUGCCUGCUGACAGCUGUCUGUCAGCGUGUCUUUUAGAUGUUCUCUUUCAAUGUGCCGUCUCUUUACCUGGCAUUUUGUUUUACAUUAAACUCCAUUUGACUCCAUUUCCUUCUCUCUCCCACACGAU